AUGAAGGCAACACUCGCUUACAUCGUUGCCGCGGGCCUCCUCGGGGCCGCCCAGGCAGCAAUCACCCCGGUUAACAACAUCAUCCGCCACGAGUACAACUUGAACGCGAGGGCGGGCGUCCACGGCAAUCUCGAGCGGGAAGAGGCCGGGUUCAACGCCGACACCGACAUCCUGCAGCCUGUCGUCUAA